AUGGCGUCCUUUGCGGCAAAGCUUGUGGCCAAGAAGAUCUUCCAGGAGACCUCUGCCAACAAGCAAGGCAGAGAGGAUCCUUACUUUGAGAGCAUUCCGGCCACUCGAUUGGGAGGCAUGUACAAGACCAACAAAAAGAGAAAGAGAGCGCUCCCACCAGGCCUCACUCCCGAGGAGGAAAAGGUUCUCACAAAGGCAAAGCGACGUGCAUAUCGCAUCGACUUGUCCCUUGGUAGUUUCCUCGGAACGCGCUUCGGGUGGGGCGCAGUCAUCGGCUUAAUUCCAGCCAUCGGAGACUUCUUUGAUUUGCUGCUGGCCUUCAUGGUCUAUCGUACCUGCAAUUCAAUCGAGCCCGAAUUGUCCUCUGGUAUCAAGAUGAAGAUGAAGUUCAACAUGGCCGUCGACUUUGCUAUAGGUCUGAUACCAUUUGUUGGUGACAUUGCCGAUGCUGCAUACAAGUGCAACACCAAAAAUGUCAUUCUUCUGGAGGAGGAACUGCGCGAACGUGGCAGAAAGCGACUGAAGGGAACCCCGCAAGCCAAUCUCGCCGAUCCCAGUCUUCCCGACGAGUUCGACUAUCAAAAUGAGGAAAGAUUGGUCCAGCAGAAUGGUCCACCUCCUCAGUACGCUUCUCGACAUGAAUCUAGACGAUCACGCCGUGACCGAGGUCACCGAGACGACAGAGAUUAUGACGUCGAAGCUGCCGGAGCGGUUGCACCCCCAAGGCCAGCCAGAACUCGCUAA